GAUGCUAUGCUUGGAUUACAAGAGCUUUGUGCAACGCAUCCAGAAACGCUCACGAGUUCACUUGGUACGGUCGUCAAUGGUAUUUUAAAAUUAUUCGUGGAUGAUGAUCGUGAAGUACGCAAAGCGUUGCUAGCGUUUCUUCAAGAAGCUAUGCCAACCGUUGACAAGGUGAACCUGGCACCAUUUCUUCCAUUGCUCGUUAUGUACACAUGCUCCGCCAUGUCCCAUAUUUUUGAAGAUGUGCGAUUGGAUGCUGUCAAACUGAUGGAUCUAUGGGUUGACCUUGCUUCAGAGACAGUCGUGGAUAAAUUUUGGAACAAGAUUGUGGGUAUCUACACCAGUUUAUUGAUGGUCAAUGCGGUCGGCUCAAUGUCUGCUUCUAUGUCCAACAGCAAUGCAGGUGGAACAAAGAUUACCAAUGUGGGAUCAGCCAAAGCUGCUGCUGCGAAAUCACAUUUGCAUAUUCACAAGUUACGUAAUUGUAUGUGGUUCUUGUUAGGCUCGCUGGACAACAGACGUGCAAAGGACAGUUUUAGAAAGCAGUUGGCUCGAUUAAAAUCACAACGAGACUCCAAUGUAAUACGCUAUGAUCCAUCAUCAAAGAUACCAGUAUCUUGUUUUUUAACACAUCCUGCAACAGGCUCGAUCAUCCCGCAUUUGUCACAUACCGAUUUGCCAAGCUUAAACUUGUUCGAAUCAUCGGGUCCAAACAGCCAAGGUUUAAGCGAUAUUUCGACGAGGUCGGAUAUAUCAAAAGCUAAUAGCGCAGCAAGCGGCAAAUUGGAUAGUUUUGAUACACUUAUUGAGACAUUUCAACCGGUGUUGGUGAGCUCAUGGCUUGAGACUGCGCCUUCCGUCUUCGCUACAACAAAUUCAAUUGCCCUUACACCUGCACUUCAAUUAUUGAACGUCGUUUUGAAAUUGACACUAGUACUUUGGCGUGCGUUAGUUAGUGGCGACGAAAUCAACAAAGUGAAUCUAGCAUGGCUCGAAAAACACUGUUAUCAGCUAUUAAAGCAUUUUGCCGUCUACUUUCCAUACGGCGCAGAUGCUCUUGGCGAUGGUGGUGCAAAGGCCGAGGCUGUAUUACGAGAGAUGAAUAUUGCAACUUGCGAAUUAACUUCGUUGCUUCUGCUUGCUAAAACAGCGCAUAUCCAAUCUUCAGCCGGACAAAAGCGACGACGGGAGGAAAUGGAAGGUGUAAACGCUGAAUGGACAGAAAAGAUUGUAGACUAUGUCCUUGGUGUAUUAGGAGCUCAGGAUAUAAACAAUGGAAAAAUGACAACAAUGUCUGCCAAUUUCAAAGAAUCUGAUCUGAAUACUUUGCUACCAGCUGUAUGGGGUUUCAUGAACAGUCUAGAUUCCGAGUACCAAUUUGAAAUUUUUAAGGUAUAA